AACAUUUUUGACUGUGUUAAUUACAACCCAAUUACAAUGUCUAUCUCUCUGGACGAUCUCAAAUCUAUCUUGCAGCAGCAGCAGGUUCAGAAUGAAGCAGCUCAACUAAAAUUAAUCGAAGCUCUCACUCAGAAGCUGUCCAUUCAAGUUCCAUCAACAUCUCAUUCUGACAAAUAUGAAAGCAUCUCAAAUUCCAUCAGUGAGUUCAACUACGACCCAAUAUCUGGUCUCGUAUUUGAUGCAUGGUUCAAUCGUUACGAAGACGUUUCCGUAUUGAAUGCUACAUGUUUGAUGAUGCUGCCAAAGUCCGAUUGUUACUAAGAAAACUUGGUACUGUUGAGCACAACAGAUAUGUUAACUUCAUUCUGCCUAAGAACCCACGUGAGUUAUCAUUCGAUGAGACAGUCACCGUUUUAUCACAAAUCUUUGGUGAACAGUCAUCCAUGUUUAAUAUUCGGUAUCAAUGUUUUCAGUUGACAAAAAUGCCUUCCGAUGAUUAUGUGACUUACGCUGGCAAAGUGAACAAGGAAUGUGAAAGGUUCAAACCACACGAAAUGACAUCAGAUCAGUUCAAGUGUUUGAUUUUUAUUUGUGGGUUGAAGAACCCAGAAGAUACUGACAUACGAACUCGACUUCUGUCACUCGUGGAACAAGACCCGAAAAUGACUUUACAAAUGGUGACAGCAGAAUGCCUACGUUUAAUCAACUUGAAGCACGAUACUGCUAUGGUGGAGUGCAAACGACAGUCGUCUGAAUUUGGUUCGAUUAACACAGUGAAAAGUCCUCCGAUCACCGUUAAGCACACAGAACGUCAGUCUCAAAAUUCAGCUAAACCUCCUUCAGUGUGCUGGCACUGUGGUUCGUGGCAUUUUGUCAAGUUCUGUCCUUUCAAGAAGCAUAAAUGCCGUAAUUGUCACCGUUUUGGACAUAAGGAGGGUUACUGUACACCGCAGAAAAAUUCUUCGGUGAGGAACAGAAGUAGUCGUUUCAAGCCGAAACAAUCUCCUCGAGUACAGACCGUUUUCACUACUUCCAAAGUCGAGUUCGCCAGCAAACGUAAGUACAUAACACUAGAUAUUAACGGCAAACGUAUUCGUCUUCAGUUGGAUACGGCAUCAGAUAUCACCGUAAUUUCCCGAACUACGUGGCGCAAACUUGGUUGCCCACAGAUUCUGCCGACCGAGCAUGUCGCCAAGAAUGUCUCUGGAGAUAUACUGAAACUCGUGGGUGAGAUAAAUUGCCAGGUUCAGUUUGGUGAGCAUCACUUCAAUGGUGUAUGUUACGUUACAAACUACCAUGAUUUGAAUUUGCUUGGUCUUGACUGGUUAGACAAGCUCCAUAUCUUUAAUGUACCAUUAAAUUCAGUAUGCUCUAAUGUUUCGUCUUCACCACACAACGUUGUUCCCGGAGAUGUAUCUGAUCAAUCUCUCUUGCAACGCCGUCGUCAAAAGCACGCUUCUGUCUUCCAGGACAAACUUGGUUGCUGCAAACUGUUUGGCAUCCAGCAUAUUCGUAGCCCCCCGUAUCAUCCCCAAUCGAAUGGACAGACUGAACGUUUCGUCGACACCUUUAAGCGUGCUUAUGCAAAAGCGAAGGGGGAGGGAACAACAGAAGAAAUUUUGGAUAAAUUCUUGCUGCAUUAUCGUACGAAUGAAAAAGGACAGUUAUGUGUCAGACACACAGAUCACGCUCUAUCCAGUACCACGCAAAGGUCAACUCGACAAAGAAGAGCUCCGAAACCUUUUCAAAUAGAUCCAAAAAGCAAGUCCUACACUCUUUACGGGGAGAGGUGAUAGGAUCCCACAUAUUUUGGUAUUGACUGUUUAAUCUUGUAUAUAUGGUAUAUUAUCAUUCUCACACAUUUUGGUAGUGACUGUCAAUCUCGCAC